GCCAAUCUCGAGAAAAAACUUGCUGCCCAGGCGGCGAAGAAGGACGGGAAGCAGAUGCCCCGGUCCCUUCAAAAACAGGUCAGGCCUCCGCCGACCCAACAAGAGUCUGCAUCCAAGGUGCAGAAGACAGCCGACCGGCAAACUACCGGCGGCAAAUCAAUAAAGGUCCCAGGCGGGCCUGGAUCUGCGGAUGUGCUUUCUGCCAUCCCAUUGAGGGCCGCAACCGGUCCCUCUGAAGGCCGUUCGGGCCGCCAAGGUAACUUCGACCUUACACUGCUUGACCUGCCCAUGGGGGUCAAGUCUUAUUCACAGUCUCGAUCGCAGCCGGGGGAUUCUCCAAUCAGCCGGCAAUCUAUAGGCAGAGCAUAUGCGAGUUUCUCACCGUCUGUUUCUGGUGCAGAUAAUUCUCCCCGCUGGCCGGACGGGGCACAAUAUGCCCGGGCCAUGCUGAAAGCCGUCCCCAGGGACGAGAAGGAGGCGAUCCCUGGGAUCAACUCCUUUAAUGCCGACCGGGUGCUGGUCGACCUGGCCGACGCUAUGCUGCGCGUAGAGGGGCUCAAACGAGCUUAUACCCGCAAGUCUGAAGAGGUAAGGAGAAGCAAACGGGUUGUUGAUGACGCCCAUAAUGUUGCUGACUACUCUUUGUACAUGCAUGGCUUAGAAUCUAAAUCUAUACGCAUGGAACAGGCGGAGAAGACCAAGGCCCUCCAACAGCAGAUUGAUCAGCUGAAAAACCAAGUUGACCAACUGCAGGCGUCCCUGGAUGAUGCCAAUAAAAAGUUGGAGGAGCAGAAAGAGCCCCUCCAACGGCUGAGCAAGGCGGAGACUGAAAAUGGCCGCCUUGCCAAAGAGAAUGAGCGCCUGCGCAAAGAGGCGGCUGCUGCCAAUGAGAACUUCAAGGCCACCUUGGAGUCGGAGCAGGAGAGGCUCAUUGAAGAGAAUGAGGAGGAGAUUGCGCAACGGCAGGCGGAGGCUGCUGAAGAGGAAGAAGUUGUUCCUGAAGCCGACGCAGCCGCUCACCCUGAUCCAACCCAGAACCAACCGGAAGAGGACCGGUUCACUGUUCGCUUGGAGUAG